AUGGCUGCUCAUUUGUAUAACCAUGGUAGCUACAAAGGGUUUCAAGGCCGAGCUCAAUGGCCGCCAUCCCAUUUCUCCAGAGACCACUCUUGCAAGUAUGCAACUUUUCCUGGGAAAAUCAGGAAUACGAGGAACACACGCCUUGGCCGCAAUUUUUUCGUAAAAGGGUGCUUCAAAUCACAGCAUCACCACCAUCAGUCUCAUAGCAGUAGCAUAAAGCGUCACAGCAAUGCCUUCGAGAAUCCCAAUGCUCAAUUGGUUCAUGAUCUUGAAUUGGACCUCCGCAGCUCUGAUGCCAUUGGAUUGGCCUCCUCUAAUGGUUGCCAGGAGCGUGGAAGCCACACUGGAAUCCCUCCCCAUUCUUUGCCCGAUGAUAAAAUCGUCGUUGCUGUUGAUGUGGAUGAGGUGUUGGGAAAUUUUGUGUCGGCUCUCAACAGGUUUAUUGCUGAUCGUUACUCCUCCCACCAUGCAGUUUCAGAGUACCAUGUCUAUGAGUUCUUCAAGAUAUGGAACUGUUCUCGUGAUGAAGCCGAUAUUCGUGUGCAUGAGUUCUUUAAAACAUCAUAUUUCAAGACCGGGAUCCACCCACUCCCAGGUGCUCAGGAGACAAUUCAUAAGUUGUCAGGAUUUUGUGACCUGUCAGUUGUGACGUCUAGACAGAAUGCAAUUAAGGACCACACAAUUCAAUGGAUUGAAAAACAUUUUCCAGGACUGUUUCAGGAGAUUCACUUUGGCAACCACUUUGCUUUAGAUGGAGAGUCUAGGCCUAAGUCAGAAAUAUGCAGGUCCUUGGGAGCAAAGGUUCUAAUUGAUGACAAUCCAAGAUAUGCGCUUGAAUGUGCUGAGGCUGGGAUCAGGGUUCUUCUUUUUGAUUAUGAGAACUCAUAUCCGUGGUGCAAGACUGAGUCAAUUAUUCAACACCCCCUGGUCACCAAGGUUCAUAACUGGGAAGCAGUGGAGAAGCACUUAAUGACAUGGAUUAUUUCAUAG